GAUUCACGGUCCAGAUUAGAACUGUGGGACCACUUGAAAGAUAAAGUGCCGUCACGCGCUCGUUGCGCUACCAGGCUGUCGCCGGACAUGGAGGGUUAGAGUUUGGAGUGUAGCUAGCUGCGUAUGCAGCCGGCGCAUAUUGUAGAACGAUCUGAGAGAACUGGCACUUCAACUAGUAAAGAAGAGAAGAGCUUCAGUGACUAGAAAAAUCUCGCCGGGAGAUCGACUGCAAAAAUGGGUGGUAAAGGUGAAGGUCUAAAAAAAGUUCCAGCUUCUUCUUCCUCAAGCGCCUGGUUUGCUUCCAACCCGAGCAAGAGAUGGGGAGAGAUGUUUUUCCUUUUAUACACUCCUUUCUGGCUCACUCUCUGCCUUGGGAUCGUUGUCCCCUACAAAUUAUACGAGAAUUUCUCUGAACUAGAAUACUUGCUUUUGGGGCUGACAUCUGCGGUUCCAUCUUUCUUGAUACCAAUUUUAGUUGUCGGUAAGGCUGAUAGAAGCUUGUGUUGGAAGGAUUGUUAUUGGGUAAAGGCCACUAUUUGGAUCAUAAUCUUCAGUUAUGUUGGGAACUACUUUUGGACCCAUUACUUCUUCACAGUUUUGGGGGCUUCAUAUACCUUUCCCUCGUGGAGGAUGAACAAUGUACCACAUACAACGUUCCUUCUCACUCAUGUUUGCUUCCUAUUUUACCAUGUUGCAUCAAAUAUGACACUCCGGAGACUACAACAUUCUAUUGCUGACUUACCAGGGUCAAUGCAGUUGGUUAUUAAGGCUGCAUGGAUCUUAGCUCUUUCAUACUUCAUAGCGUUCCUGGAGACUCUGGCUAUAUCCAAUUUCCCUUAUUAUUCAUUCGUGGACCAGGCAUCAAUGUACAAAGUUGGAUCCUUGUUCUAUGCAAUUUAUUUUAUUGUAAGCUUCCCAAUGUUCCUGAGGAUUGAUGAGAAACCUGGGGACCUGUGGGACCUUCCUAGAGUGGCUGUAGAUUCAUUGGGUGCUGCAAUGCUUGUUACCAUAAUACUUGAUUUAUGGAGGAUCUUUCUAGGACCCAUAGUUCCAGUUCCAGAGACAAAGCAGUGCAUGCAACCAGGACUGGCUUGGUUUUCUUGACUUGCUACAGAAGUAUGAGUGCUUACAUUGGCAAGAUGAUGUCAUUGUUUUGAGUCCCAAACUGCAGGAGAUGCAAGAGUAAUGAGGUAACUAAGGCUGAUGCUGGAAGUGAAAUGGAAUUGUACUAAUAAGCUCUUGUUUUAGUUUGCACCAUUUCAUCACAUGCUAAACUAGAUGAAAGAUGCUGUCAGUUUAUAGAGUACAGCCAAUGAUUCAAUAUCGUAAGCAUGGAUGCUUUGUCUAAGUAGCUGGUUGCAUUGUGAACUGCUGGUGGCUUGGUGGAAUGGUGUCGGAUAUGUUAAUGUUUUCUUUGUAUUGGAUUAUCAUCAUUAUCAUUUUAAUGAAGUUUUUCAUACUUUUAACA